CAUUGCGUAGUCUUGGAGAAUGUUAGACGUAUCUUUUUGUAUCUCUCGUGAAAAGAGUCCACAAAGAAUGUGUGUAACUGCAUAAGCAUAUCAAACUUUUGGGUUUGUGACAUAUCUAUGACAUAUCUGUUCUGAGAUAUUACACAAUUCUUCUGUUUAAAUUUUAUUUAAUAUACAAAAGUGCGAUUGCUAAAAAAAUUCAAAAUAUCUCAUAAUAAAACAACAUUGUUUAAUUUUUCUGUUAUAUUCUUGUGGUUAAUUGAAUCUGUUGAAGAGAUUGAAAAAAAUAUUUUAUUCACAAAUCGUAAUUAUUGCAUUUGUUAAAGAAGAAGAAAAUGUUUUAUUUGCAAACUUGAUACGUAUUACAUGAGUUCCUCAAUCAUAAAAUUAAAUCAUAAACGUAUAUGGAUGAAAUAAAAAGAGACUAUUAUAUUUUCUGUUUUAUUUCAUAUCAAUUCUAAAACGCAGUGAACAAAACGUGAACAAAGCUCUCUUUAACAAAGUCAAAUCGUUCGAUCGCUGAUCGAACACUCAUCACCAUUUCGCAAAAUGGUGCAGCAAGAGGCGGUGGUCGUAAGGAAUGCCGUAAAGCGUUAUGGGAAAAAACAGUUGGUGCUCGACCGUUUGAAUAUGACCGUUUCAAGGGGCUCUAUAUACGGACUGUUGGGUGCCAGCGGAUGCGGCAAGACCACUCUGCUGUCAUGCGUCGUCGGGGUUCGGCAUCUCGACAGCGGCGAGGUGUGGGUCCUAGGGGGAAAUCCGGGCGACAAGGGCUCCGGCAUCCCCGGGCCUCGAGUCGGUUACAUGCCGCAGGAGAUCUCCUUGGUCGGAGAGUUCUCCGUGAGCGGUGCCCUCUAUUACUUCGGCAGGAUCAACGGACUCGACGAUGAGGAGAUCGAGAUAAGACAGAAGUUCUUCAUGGAGUUACUCCAACUACCCCCGGCAAAUCGCUUGGUGAAGAACAUGAGUGGAGGUCAGCAAAGAAGGGUCUCCCUUGCCGCCGCGAUACUCCACAAACCCGAACUCCUAAUCCUGGACGAACCCACUGUAGGCUUGGAUCCAAUUUUGAGGGAGAACAUUUGGACCUACCUGAUCCAAAUCACGCAGGAGGAAGGUGUCACCGUGCUAAUCACGACGCAUUACAUCGAAGAAACUAAAGAUGCUAGUAGGAUCGGUUUGAUGAGAUGUGGUCAAUUGUUGGCGGAAUCGUCGCCGCAAAAAUUACUGGAGCGAUUUCAAUGUUCAUUCUUGGAAGAGGCUUUCCUGAAACUAUGCCAGAGUCAAAAUAAUACAAUCACUUCGAAUGAAUUCAACGUGGAAGAUGCUGGCAGCGACGACUUGUAUCAAGAGCAAAAUAAAUAUGAACAAGCAAAAGCAAUCUCGGAGUACAAAGCGGUUUCAGAACGUCAAGUUUCGCGAGCGAGAAGAUUCAAAGCUCUAUUAUUCAAGAACGGCAUUCAAUUUUUGCGUUAUUAUGGAGGGCUAGUUUUUGCAGUAUUAUUCCCGAUAUUGCAAGUUGCCGUGUUCGUUGUGGGAGUUGAUCAUGAAUUGAAAGGCAAGAUUGGGGUUGUCAAUGAUGAAGCUGGCAAUUGCGAUUUCAACAACAACUUCGGCAAUAUUUGGAAUGACGAAUUCACCUGCCACUUUAGCAAUCUCAGCUGUAAGUUCCUGCACAAUUUUGAUGACUCCAUCACGAUAGAGGAUUAUGAUAACAUUUCCGAGGCGACUAAUGAUGUACAGAAUGGAAAACUCAGCGGUGUAAUAUAUUUUAGUCAAAAUUUUUCUAAAGCUCUGCAGACACGAACGGAAAAAAUGCCUAACGUGGCGGAUUCUGAUCUUGUUGCCAGUGAGAUUCAAGUUUUCCUCGAUAUGGGUGACAGACAAAUUGGGCUUUUCAUGCAGAAGAUGUUAUUCGAUCGUUUCUUUAUGAUCUUUGAGGAUAUCAUGAAGAACUGCAAUUAUUCAUCAAAAUUGGCCGAUCCGCCAGUUCGAAUUGAAGAUCCUAUUUAUGGUACAAUGGAUCUCAAUUAUGCAGAUUUUAUGGCACCAGUGUACAUAUUAACACUUAUGUUCUUUUUAGCUACCACAGUCUCUACCACCUUGAUAAUUACAGAUCGGUUAGAGGGUGUCUGGAAUCGAAGCGUAGUCCAAGGGGUCAAGACGGAAGAAAUUCUGCUGUCUCACAUUCUUAUUCAGAGCAUCAUCAUAGUCAUCCAUGCUAUCAUGAUAAUGUUCUUAGUGUUCGUUGUAUGGCGUUUGGAGUGUAAAGGAUCGAUAUUCGCCGCAACCGGCUUCACAUUUCUCGUGGGUUUCUGUGGAUUGAUGUAUGGUUUUACCAUCUCUGUUUGGUGCAAAAAUCACACUGCGGCACAUUACUGUUCGGCCGGAAGUUUUUUCCCACUGAUAGUGCUAAACGGAUGUAUUUGGCCGCUAGAAGGAAUGCCAAAAGCACUCCGCUGGCUUAGCUACGCAUUACCAACUACCUUACCCUCUGAAUCUAUGAGAGGAAUCCUCUACAAAGGUUAUUCCAUGUCUGACUCGCAAGUUUAUAUUGGCUUCAUAAUAAGUAUAGCAUGGAUAUUGUUGUAUUUUGUUAUAAUAUUUCUUGGUUUGAGAUCGAAAUCCUCGUGAUAUUGUUUAGAAACAUAAACAAAUUUUUUUUAGAAAAAAAAACAGAAAAACAGUCUCGCAUAGUCUACAGAGUUCAGUCUACAGUUAGACAAAUAAGCAGAGUGUUUUAUCUAAAUAAAAUAUUUUUAUUUAAAAA